AAUAUAUAUUCAAUAAUAAUUGAUGAAAAUUUUUAGUUGAAUUUUAAAUACCCAAAAGAUAAUAUUCAAUUUACAAAUUAUUUAUAAUAAUAUUUAAAAAUGAAUUAUUAUAUUGGUGUUGAUGUUGGAACUGGUAGUGCAAGAGCAGCAUUAUUUGAUGAAAAUGGUAAAUUAUUAAAAAUAGCAACAAAUGUUAUUAAAACAUUUAAUUAUUUAUCAGAUUAUUAUGAACAAAGUUCUGAUGAUAUUUGGAAUUCAGUUAAAAAAGUUGUAAAGGAAGUUGUUGGUGAAAUAUCAAAUGAAUAUAUCAAAGGAAUUGGUUUUGAUGCAACUUGUUCACUUGUAUUACUUGAUGAUGCUGGUAAACCAGUAACAGCAAGUUUAACUGGUGAUGAUGAAAGAAAUAUUAUUUUAUGGAUGGAUCAUAGAGCUGAAAUGGAAGCAAGCAUUAUCAAUCAAAUGAAUCAUGAAGUAUUAAAAUUUGUUGGUGGUAAAAUAUCAUUAGAAAUGGAAAUACCAAAAAUUAUGUGGUUAAAAAAAAAUCUACCAGAUACAUUUAAACGUGUUAAAUUAUAUUUUGAUUUACCUGAUUUUUUAACAUGGAAAGCAACUGGUUCAGAAUCAAGAUCAUUAUGUUCACUUGUUUGUAAAUGGAAUUACAAUGCAAAUGAAUUUGGUAUAAAUGGUUGGAAUGAAGAUUAUUUAACAAAAAUUGGUUUAUCAUGUUUAAAAGAAAAUAACUGGAAAAAAAUUGGUAACAUUGUAAAAGCACCUGGUGAACCAAUUGAAAAUGGUUUAACAGCAUUAGCAGCAGCUGAAUUUGGUCUUAAAGAAGGUACACCAGUUGGAACAUCAAUAAUUGAUGCACAUGCUGGUGGUCUUGGUAUGAUUGGUAUAUCAUCAAAAGAUAAUCCAAAAAUAUCAAAAUUAUUUUCAUCAAGAUUAAGUCUUAUUUGUGGUACAUCAACAUGUCAUAUGGCUGUAUCAUCAAAGCCAAUAUUUGUUAAUGGUAUUUGGGGUCCAUAUUGGGGUGCAAUGAUACCCCAAUAUUAUUUAAAUGAAGGUGGACAAAGUACAACUGGUAAAUUAAUUGAUCAUAUAAUAAAUAAUCAUCCAGCAACAAUUGAAAUAAAUAAAAAAAUUAAUAAUACUAAUAUUCAUAUACAAGAAUAUUUAACAAAUUUAUUAAUAAAUUAUGCUAAUGAUAAAAAUAUUAAUGAUAUAUCAUAUUUAACAAAUGAUAUACAUAUUUGGCCUGAUUUCCAUGGUAAUAGAUCACCACUUGCUGAUCCUAAUUUACAAGGUAUGAUUUGUGGUUUAACAUUAAAUAAUGAUGAAUAUAAUCUUGCAAUUAUUUAUCUUGCAACAUUACAAUCAAUUAUUUAUGGUACAAAACAUAUAUUUAAUUAUUUAAAUAAUAAUGGUUAUGAUAUUAAGACAAUUCUAAUAUGUGGUGGACUUUCGAAAAAUUUUUUAUUUUGUAAAAUUCAUGCUGAUGCUAUUGGUGUACCAGUACUAAUACCAGAUAAUUGUGAAUCAGUUUUACUUGGCUCAGCUAUACUUGGUGCUUGUGCAUCAAAAAAAUUUGAUAAUAUUGAUAAUGCAAUAUUUAAUAUGUCUGGUAAUGCAAAUGUUAUUGAACCAGAUAAAAAAAUUAAUCAAUAUCACGAAAAAAAAUACAAAGUUUUUUUAAAAAUGGUACAAGAUCAAAAAGAGUAUAAAAAAAUUAUGAAUGAAAAUAUUUAAUAUUUCAUCAUGAUUUAAUGUUUUAAAUAAAUUAAAAUUAAUGAAUAAUAUGUGCGAAUUGACAUACGUUUUUUUUUUUUUAUAAAUAUUUUAUAAAAUGUAUAAAGAAAUAUAUUUUUUUAUAAAUAUAAACUAAUUAUUGUUGUUAUUAUUAAUUAUUAUUAAUAUUUUAUUUUUUUAAUGUAAGAACUUGCAAACUUAACUUGUUAAUAAAAAAUUUAUAACGAUAA